AUAAAUGAUAUUCUUGCAAGCUUUUAUAUAUUAAUUAUUUUUCAAAUUUCAAAAUUUAAUGAACAAAAAACAACAAGCCCCAGUAGCAUAGAAACCAGUCGGCAAAUAAUAGCAAGUCAAUAGAAAGCCUUAAGACAGGUAUACUUUAUUAGCUAUUGAUAGACCAGGAUUGACAGAAGACGAAAUUGAGGAAAUAAAAGAAGCCUUCAACUUAUUUGAUACAGAAGGUACAGGAAGAGUUGAUCCCAGAGAGUUAAAAGCUGCCAUGUAGAGCUUGGGAUUCGAUUAGAAGAAUCCAACCAUCUUCAAUAUGAUUGCUGAAUUAGAAAAUGAAGGAACUGAUAUUGAUUUUGAUUAAUUUUUGGAUGCCAUAACUUCAAAAUUAGGAAAUAGAGAAUCUAGAGAUGGUAUCAAUAAAAUAUUUGAUUUGUUUGAUGAUGAUGGUAGUAACUCAAUUAAUUUGAAUAACUUGAAAAGAGUAUCAUUUUAAAUUAAUACAAAAAUUAGGUAGCCAAAGAAUUGGGAGAAACUAUGACAGCUGAAGAACUGGGAGAAAUGUUAGAGAGAGCAGCCUCAAAUGGAAGAGAGAUCUCAAGAGAGGACUUCUAUAACAUUAUGGUCAAAAGAACAUUCUGAUAUAAUUCAUUUUAGCAGUUAAUUAUUUU